GCUCCUGUAAAUCUCUUCUCAAUCUCCCCCACCCCUGGUAACAGAUAUAAUCUCCGUGUCUCCCCGUCUCUCCCACUCUCUCCCUUGCGCUGCCUUUUGCAUUGGACCUAAAAAAAAAAGAAAAAAAAAAAAGAAAAAAAAGAAGAAACGAAACAAAACAAAACAAAAAUAGGGAAGAGAGGGAUAGUAGACACAUGCCUUGAGGGUUUGGCCUGCCUGUCUCUCUCUCAUGCACUCCUCAAUUCUCUCCCACCCUUCUUCUCCCUCGUCUCCUCUCUCCAUUUAUAUCCAUUACACCUCCUGUCAAGCUUGAGCAAUCCAAACCCCUCUUGAAGCCCAUUGAUUUGUACCAAAAGCUUCAAGAUUUAAGGGUUUUCCGCCACAAAGCCCACAAGCCUAAGCCCCUCCAGGUUUGAGACAAAUUCGCUGUUUGUAGCUCAUGUCUCUCUUGCAUUUAUGAUCAUAGAUUUUCUGGGAUUUUGUUCGGAUUAUUGUUAUUAUUAUUUUUAGAUUAUGAAUCUGUAAUUCUAUGUGGUAAUAUAGAGAAUUGGGGGGUGCUGAACAAUUCCAUUUGGGUUUGAGGGAUUAGGGUUUUUGAGGUUAAAGGGUGUUUAUUUCUUGGUCUACCUCUGUUCAUUUACUGGUCCCAAGAUUUGGGUGUUUGAGGUGAGAAGCGUAUUUUUAUCUGGGUCUGCAAGAUAUGAGUCGGUGUUUGUUCUUUCACUGGUGUUAGGAUUUGGAUGUUUAGGUUUAAAGGGUGUAUUUGCAUCCGGGUCUGCAUGAUAUGAGUAGGCAGGUGUUCCUUUGAUGGUUUUAGGAUUUUGGUGUUUGAGGUCGGAGAGUGUUGGUAUUGGGGUCUGUGUGAUUUGAUUGAAAUAUGAGUCGGAGGUUGAGGAGGAAGGUGGUGAAGAAGGGGAAGGAGAAGGUUGUUUUGCCAAGUUAUCCUGAAAUUGAGAAUGAUGAUGGGGGCUUGGGCUUUGAAAAUAAAGGAUUUGCUAAUUGGACUAGCUUGCCUGAUGAUACAGUGAUUCAACUGUUUUCAUGUUUGAAUUAUCGGGACCGGGCAAACUUGGCAUCCACAUGUAGGACAUGGAGGCUUUUGGGUGCUUCACCAUGUUUGUGGAACUCAUUGGAUCUCCGAGCUCAUAGGUGUGAUUCUGCUGCAGCAGCUUCACUUGCAUCUCGGGGCAUGAAUCUUCAGAAGCUUCGGUUUCGUGGGCAAGAGACUGCUGAUGCAAUAAUACAUCUUCAAGCUAGGGGCUUGCGUGAAAUCAGUGGGGAUUACUGCAGGAAAAUUAAUGAUGCUACUCUCUCUGUGAUUGCGGCUCGGCAUGAGCAGCUUGAGAGCCUCCAACUUGGACCAGAUUUCUGUGAAAAGAUCACCACUGAUGCUAUAAAAGCAAUUGCUGUCUGCUGCCCUAAAUUGAAUAAACUUCGGCUUUCUGGUGUUAAGGAUGUUCAUGGAGAUGCAAUAGAUGCUUUAGCUAAGCAUUGCCGGAAUUUGAUGGAUCUUGGGUUCAUGGACUGUCUGAAGGUGGAGGAGUUGGCACUGGGGAAUAUAUUAUCACUUCGUUUCCUCUCAGUUGCUGGGACCACAAAUCUGAAGUGGGGUUUGAUUUCACACCUUUGGGGUAAACUACCUAACUUGACUGGGCUAGAUGUUUCAAGGACGGAUAUAACUCCAAAUGCUGCUUCAAGAUUGUUCGCCUCAUCACAGAGCUUGAAGGUCUUGUGCGCCUUGAAUUGUUCAGCACUUGAACAAGAUGUUACCUUUUUCGCCACUUAUAACAAUAAUAACAAUAUUAAUAAUAAAGGUAAACUGUUACUUGCACAGUUUAGUGAUAUAUUUAAGGGAAUAGCUUCUUUAUUUGCCGAUACUUCGAAGAACAAGAGGGAUGUAUUUUUCGAAUGGCGAAAUGGGAAAAACAAGGAUAAAAACUUGGAUAUGAUCAUGAAUUGGCUUGAAUGGGCUCUCUCCCAUACACUCCUGCGUAUUGCUGAGAGCAACCCACAAGGCUUGGAUUCAUUUUGGCUUAAACAAGGUGCAGCACUAUUGCUCAGUUUAAUGCAGAGCUCACAAGAGGAUGUUCAAGAGAAGGCAGCCACAGCACUUGCAACUUUUGUUGUAAUUGAUGAUGAAAAUGCUAGCAUUGAUUGUGGAAGAGCUGAAGCAGUAAUGAGGGAUGGUGGCAUACGUCUCCUUUUGAACCUUGCAAGAUCUUGGCGGGAGGGGCUUCAGUCAGAAGCUGCAAAGGCUAUUGCCAACUUGUCGGUGAAUGCCAAUGUUGCAAAAGCUGUUGCAGAUGAAGGAGGAAUCAAUAUACUUUCCAGUUUGGCUAGGUCCAUGAACAGGUCAGUUGCCGAAGAGGCUGCUGGAGGACUCUGGAACCUUUCUGUUGGAGAAGAGCACAAGGGUGCAAUUGCGGAAGCUGGUGGUGUAAAAUCCUUGGUUGAUCUUAUUUUUAAAUGGUCUGCUGGUGGUGAUGGAGUUCUGGAACGUGCAGCUGGUGCACUGGCAAAUUUGGCGGCUGAUGACAAAUGUAGCAUGGAGGUUGCACUAGCAGGUGGUGUACAUGCUUUGGUUAUGCUUGCUCGGAACUGCAAGUUUGAAGGAGUGCAAGAGCAGGCUGCACGUGCCUUGGCUAAUUUGGCUGCUCAUGGAGAUAGCAACAGCAACAAUGCUGCUGUUGGACAAGAGGCAGGGGCACUUGAAGCACUUGUGCUACUUACGAAGUCUCCCCAUGAAGGUGUCAGGCAAGAAGCUGCUGGUGCAUUGUGGAAUUUAUCAUUUGAUGACAGAAACCGUGAAGCAAUUGCAGCUGCUGGUGGCGUUGAGGCCCUGGUUGCUCUUGCACAAUCCUGUUCAAAUGCAUCUCCAGGUCUUCAAGAGAGGGCUGCUGGUGCUCUUUGGGGAUUGUCAGUAUCAGAAGCUAAUAGCAUUGCUAUUGGGCGAGAAGGGGGUGUUGCACCUCUUAUUGCGCUGGCACGCUCUGAUGCUGAAGACGUCCAUGAGACUGCUGCAGGAGCUCUUUGGAAUCUUGCCUUCAAUCCUGGUAAUGCUCUCCGCAUAGUGGAAGAAGGGGGAGUGCCAGCCCUUGUCCAUCUUUGUGCUUCCUCGGUAUCAAAAAUGGCACGCUUCAUGGCUGCAUUGGCACUUGCAUACAUGUUUGAUGGAAGAAUGGAUGAGUUUGCACUGAUAGGGACUUCUUCAGAAAGCACUUCAAAAAGUGUGAGCUUAGAUGGGGCUAGAAGGAUGGCUCUGAAGCACAUUGAAACUUUCAUCCUUACAUUUUCUGAUCCACAAUCAUUCUCCGCUGCUGCAGUAUCCUCAGCUCCAGCAGCAUUGGCACAAGUAACUGAAUCAGCUAGGAUUCAAGAAGCCGGACAUCUGAGAUGCAGUGGAGCUGAGAUUGGGAGAUUUGUUGCCAUGCUACGAAAUCCUUCUUCCAUACUCAAGUCAUGUGCUGCUUUUGCUCUUCUCCAGUUCUCCAUCCCUGGUGGUCGACAUGCUGUGCACCAUGCGACCCUUUUGCAGAGCGUGGGAGCAGCACGGGUUCUACGUGGUGCAGCUGCAGCAGCAACUGCCCCAAUCGAAGCCAAAAUCUUUGCAAGAAUCGUCCUUCGCAACCUCGAGCACCACCAGAUGGAACAGUCGAUCUAAAGCCUCUUAUCAACAGCCCAUAAUCAUCAGUGGAGACCAGUGUCAUUCUCUGGCCUCCUAGCCUCCUUGUUAGUCAGCUGCCCUGUGGCCUGUCUUUGUGAAGAACUAAAACCAUGUGGCUCCUCAAGCUGUUAUGCAAGAGUUUUUUUUUUUUUCUUUUUUUUUCCCCAUUUAAUCGGGAACCAAAGGUGGUUUAGUUAGGUUUGAGUGUGAUUUUAUUUUCUUUUCUUUUUGGUUACUAUUAUUAAUAUUGGUGAAAAGGUACUUGAGGAGGGAUGUGUUCUAAAGAGCAAUACCUUAUAAUUUAUUUUGUUCCAUUGUUACAAUAACUUUUAUGAUUAUGAUAUAAUCAUAUGUACAAAUAUAUAUACAUUAGAGUUGUUUGAGACUAAAA